CUUUUGAACCCUGCUCUGUAAAGGGGUUGGGGCUGCAGAUGGGGAUGAAAUGUGCUAAGCUGGCAGAAGGGGUGGGCCCUGAACCAAAGGAGACACCAACAUCAGGCAGCCAGGAAUGGAUGCCAGCCUAACCAAGGGGGUCCUUCAGUCAUGGUCAGUGAGCCACUGGAUAGAGAGGGAAAGAGACCAAAGAUUGGAAAAUAAGGUUUGAGUCGAAGAAUGGGUCACAAGCAGAAGACAGAAGGAAAGCUGCUUUUCCACUGACCUUAGGGACAGCUGUCAGGGUGGGAGACAGGACUUGGGCCUCAGGAAAUACCUGCCAGGUUAGACGUGAAGGGUGCCUAGGCCUUUCCCCACCCCACCCCCUAACCUUGCUCACAAUGGGGUUCAUUGCUGAGGCGGGAGGGGCAUCCUAGGAAGGGUACAGCUGGGGGCCUGCCUGCCAGACAGCCUCAGGGAACCUGCCCUUUCAAGCAUGAACCAUACCAUCCGGGCUCCCCCCUCCCAGCGUGCUCUUAGCUCUGCCUGCCUGGCUUAGGGUCCUGGAGGCCUUCUUGGAGCUCAUCCAGCAACCAUCAUGCAAGGUGGUGCUGGGGACUGCCCUCUUACUCGGAGGUGGAGGCCUCAUGCUGUGGAUUCAGAGGAAGAAGAGAAGGAAGGCAUCCCUUGAGUCUGUACGAGAUGAGCAGGAGCCACCAGAAUGUCACAAAGCAAAGAAUGAGAACUGGAUUAAAUCUCACUUUAGCCGCCUUUCCGAAGAGAAGCUGGCCGCCUGCAGCAGCAGCACCGCCUCUUCCCCCGAGAGUGGCAGCGGGGAAGCCAGCACAACCAUUCGCAUGGAGACUGUCACCACAAGGCAAGGCCAAGUGGGCACGGCUGUGCGCCGGGAGUCCUUCACCAGUAAGCAGAGGAUGUCCGGGUCUUCGGUGACCAAAGAGACCCACAGGGAGUCUGGAAAAUCCCCAUCCACGGAUACGGCCACAUGGGCCGCUGUGGCUACCUGUACCAAGGAGAUCAACACCCUGGGACAGCAACUGGCUAAUUCCAUGUUGCAGCGAGCCACGACUUACCAGAACUCAGGCCACCUGGAGUCCAAAGACAUCAACCAGGAGGAGCUGAAGGCCCUGGAGGAGGUGGAGUUGAAGCUGAAAGGGAAUUUUCUCACUCAGCGGGGUACCACUGUAGCCGGCAUGAACCAAACACAUGCCUUCCAUGGCCAUGGUCACCCUGGCUACCAGGGUUACCCAAGCCACCCGAGCCAUCCAAGCCAUCCGAGCCACCAGAGCCACCUGAGCCACAGUCUGCCCAACCGCAGCCACCAGAUCUGUCAACCCUUUGAAGCCACCUAACCAUGGGUGGAGACACCCCUUCCCCCAGCAAGGCUGGCACACAAUUGCAGGCCUGUUCUCUCUCCUGUGGGGCAGCCUGUGUGGCCCAGAGUGAGAUGCUGCUGCCCAAAUCCCUCCUUCAUACCCCCUCAGGGGUCCUGGGCCCCUCCCAGUCUGUGAGUAGGGUAUGCCACAGAGGACGGCUCCUGAUGGAGGGCGAGUGGAAGGAAGCGAAGCGGCCAAGACAGACUCACGGGCCCCUGAAGGCCCACAGAGAAGAUAGGCGAGGCAGAUCCCAGGAGUAGCUGAGAGCCCCAGACUGACGCCUAAUGCCUGGAACUGAGCCAAUAAAGCCUUGUAUUCCCUCA